CUUUUUUUAUAGUCCUGUUUUUGAUGGAUUGUAUGAUUUCUGUUCUAUGUAUACCGGUGCUUCAUUGGAAGGAGCUGUGAAACUUAAUAAUCAAUGCUCUGAUAUAGUUAUUAAUUGGUCAGGCGGACUUCAUCAUGCAAAGAAAUUUGAGGCUUCUGGAUUUUGUUAUGUAAAUGACAUAGUUAUUGCAAUCUUGGAACUUUUAAAAUAUCAUCCUAGAGUACUUUAUGUAGAUAUAGACAUUCAUCAUGGUGAUGGCGUACAAGAAGCAUUCUACCUCACGGAUCGGGUUAUGACCGUAUCAUUUCACAAAUAUGGAAAUUAUUUUUUUCCGGGAAUAGGUGAUAUGUAUGAAAUUGGUGCCGAAACGGGACGGUAUUAUUCAGUUAAUGUGCCUUUAAAGGAAGGAAUCGACGAUCAGAGUUAUUUUCAAGUUUUUAAACCAGUUAUUCAAUCAGUUAUGGAGUUCUAUCAACCUACUUGUAUUGUUUUACAGUGUGGUGCCGACUCCUUAGCCGGAGACAGAUUAGGAUGUUUCAAUUUAAGUAUAAAAGGACAUGGUGAAUGUGUCAAAUUUGUUAAAGAAUUAAAUCUUCCCUUACUUGUUCUCGGUGGCGGCGGCUACACCGUUCGUAAUGUGGCUCGAUGUUGGACGUACGAAACUUCGUUACUAGUAGAAGAAGCCGUCAGUAGCGAAAUACCUUACAAUGAAUAUUUUGAAUACUUUGCACCUGACUUUACAUUGCAUCCUGAAGUUGUUACAAGGCAAGAAAAUGCAAAUAGUAAACAGUAUCUGGAUGCUAUUGUAAAAGCAGUGACAGAGAAUCUAAAAUGUCUUGCUCAUGCUCCCAGCGUGCAGAUGCAAGAUGUUCCUCCGGAUAUGUUAAAUUUAGAAAAUACUGAAGAACCGAAUUUAGACUCGCGUGGUUCUCAGAACGAGACAGAAACAAAGCCAGAAUAUCCAAAUGAAUUUUAUGACGGCGACAAAGAUCAGGACAAAGAUGCGGAAAAUGUUGAAGUUUGACGGCGAAAGAAGAAUAAUUUUAAAAUACUGUAAAGAACGUUGCCAAAAUCCAAGUCGAUAAAUAUACAAUUUUAAUAAGCGUUGCAUCGUCUUGCUUAAUUUCCCGACAGAAAUAUAAGUAAUUAUGGUUUUAUUCGUUCCCAAAUGCAACGCCGUUUUGUUCUUUACAAAAGAAUCAUCCUCAUUAUAAAUUUGUUACUGUAAAAUAGUAAUUUCAAUCAUCUUUCAUUUGUACUUUUACCCAUAAUUUACAAUUACAAAUGUAAUUUUUACAAUAGUUUUUUAUGGCCGAACAUUUUAAAAUGUAAUUUAUAAGUAUUAAGACCAUUUCAUUACAUUAUUUUAUAUAGUUAAUAAAAUUAGUUGCAUUUAAUUUAUAAAUUUCAAUUUAUUUUAAGUUUUAGAAGUCUGGGACUGUAAAUCAUUAUACAAUUUUUCCACAGUUAUGUUUGAUUAUUGUAUGUUCCCAAAAACAAUACAAGUAUCAUUAAAAUAAUUUUUAUGAAUAUAAUUUUUAACGUUUAUGCUCUCGUUAAUUCAUGUAAUAAUGCCUCGGGUAUCUCAAGUUGGUAACGGUGACCUUCUGAGAAAUAAAGCGAAGAUGCUCGGAUACAUUAAUUUACUCAAAUUUUUAAACAGUUUAGGUACUUAAAAGACCUCUGAACAACAAAAUUUAUCAAUAGAAGGUGGUGUAAUGGCUAGAACGCCGUGGCUACAAAAUCAUUAAAGAAGUUACCUGUAUGCUCUGCUCCAUUGCUAUACAAAUUAAAAUUUUUCUUUGCAUUCUUCUAGACAAUCUUCCAUAUUGUCAGUUAUAAAUCAUUAAAGCAGUCUUUUGUAAUUGUUUUUAAGUUGAGGUUGUACGACGAUGUGUAGAAAUUCCUCACAAUGCCGCAAAGAAAAUUCUCUGGAUUUUGAGAGGCUCCACAACUGAUCUGCUAUUCCAUUGAGCUAUUCUUUAAUCAACAUCCAGAUCAAUCUUCCACACUAAUUUUUGAAUUUUUUCAA